AUGGCGGCCUUCAGCCCCCCUUCACGCGUUUCGAGUCGCACAGGCGCAGAUGAGCGUAUGUGUGAGAAGGGCUGCCAGCGCCCGGCGUUUGCCGCCUACUCCACGUGCUGCACGCAUUGCCAGGGUCCGGAAGGGCCGCAUGCAAGCGACUGUGCAAAGAAAGUCGAACUUGUCGGAAGACGAGUAAACGCACCGCAGGUUAGGAGUGAAAGCUCCAUGGUGAUCGUGCGCUGUGUUGCUGCAACCCUCUUUCGCAGCUUCGACAAGUUCGGGCGUAUGGACCCAUUUGCCACUGUGGACUGGUACUAUGCAGAUGGCAGCUCUGUGACGGUGGGAAGAACGAAGUCUGCCUGGGGCCAGCACAUGAACCCCGAGUGGGAGCAUUGCUGCAGGGCAGUGCGGUACAGUGGCUCAGGCGGUGGCGACAAAGUGCGCUUCCAGGUCCUUGAGGAAAACUUUGGCGGCCUUGGCAAGCCAACCUUCUGUGGGGAACAGACGGUCGACGUGGACAUGCUCGUGGCUGGGGCACGCAUGGUUGGUGCUGGCCUGAUGCGGACGCAGCCGCAACCCAUCGAGCUUUACAAGAAGGGUGAGAAAACUGGCACGAUCCUGGUCCAGCUGGUGAUCCACCUGGAGAAUGCGACAUCUCCCAAGCAGCUGCAUGACCACAUCAAGCUUUAUACCGAGAUGUGGCGCUUGCCC